AUGCUGUUUCAUCUCCUGAAAGAGGGACUAAACUGUUGCAAUUGUACGCCAUUAUUUUCUUCUUUUGCAGUGUUAUUAGUGGCUGGUAGCAGGACGUACAAGGUCACAGGCCAAUUUCACCUUUGUGAUCCAUGGUGGAAGGUAACCUGCAGAGUUAACCGUGGCAGGCACAGGUUUUUUACCCUCUGCUCCAGCUAUCCCUCCUAUAGUCUCCGCACCAAUCUGAGAUCAGAGGGCCGGUCACUAUCUCUUUUUCUUAAAGAGUGUGAGGCAAACCCUCUGUUUGUUAACAUGUUUAUGGAGUGGUUGCCCAAUGACACAGACGUGGAGCCUGUCAAUAUGCUGGACGUCCUGAAGGAUUUUGAAGUUUCAGCACCAGAGCAUAAAGCUGUGGCUGAACAGCUCAAAUCAAAUGUCAUUAACUCAGUUGCUUGGACACGUGUGAGAGUUGCCAGCAUGUACCCUCAAAUCAUGAAAUACUUCCCAACAUUGCUGCCAGGCCAGUUUAUGGACAUAAUAAGCACUGGAAAGAUGAAAAACACACAGGACACCACUGAAGAAACUCCACAGCAGCAGAGUAACAGACUUAUUGGAGAAUCUAGAGAAGUUAAUUGAGAAUGAUAUUUGGAAGU